UGUGCAAAAAUAUAUUUUUCACGUGAUACUUUUCACGUGAUCCGAGUACUAGGCAAUAUAUAUUUCAUCUAGCUGGUUAAUCCUUAACAGAUGAUUGUGAUACGCUCCGCGGUGUACUUUUGAUUAACGAACAAGAACACGUUGUGUUUGAUUGUAAAAUUGUGAAGGGAGACAGAGCAAACCAAGCCAUGGCAACCUCAUCGAACCCAGCUCGUAUCAUGUUGUGGAGCACGCCGCGGUCGGUGUCGACUGCGUUCGCGAGAUCAAUGACGGCUCGAGGAGACACCGAAAUGUUUUGGGAACCGUAUCUGGCUUGCUACUCCUUCGGCCCGGAUAGGGAGAUUCACUGGGGGGAUGACUUGCCUAAUAUGCUGAAUGACAAGUACACAUACAGUUACAUCAAGGAACUUCUGAACGCUGACUAUCCUGGAGCAAAAGUCCUGUUUGUGAAAGGUAUGGUAGAAGGCAUCCGAGGUCAUUUUGACGUCGUCGAGCGCACUUACAAGCAUUCAUUCCUCAUCCGUCAUCCUAAGAAGUCAUUCCGUUCUCUUGCUCGCUUAGCAAGCGAAGUCAGUCAAUUAACGUCCGACUUCAAUUUCAGCACGUUCAAGGAAAUAUAUCACGAUUUAGAGAAGUUCUAUCAUCACGUCCAGACGGAAUUCGGCCAGGCGGCGCCUACGAUCAUUGACGCAGAUGACCUUGUGACGCAACCGGAGAAGAUCCUGCCGAAAUACUGCGAAGCUAUGGGUAUCGACUUCAAACCUAAGAUGCUAAAUUGGGAGAGCGUGAGCGCCGAUCAACUGAACUGGCACUGUGCAGACGUAGGGGAUAUCGCCAAUGCGUCUCUGAAAGACAGCAUUGUCCUAUCAAAUGCCCUAAAAGGCAGUGGAUUUGGCAAGGCUCCAGAUCCGACCAAAGAAUCUUCGUCUAAUGCUUUAGUUAAAGAGUGCGCAGAGCAUGCAUUACCCGCCUAUGAAAGAUUGUAUGCUCUGCGGAUUCGACCAUAAGCAUUAACGCUUACAAUACGCGUUUUACACGAGGCGUCAGCGCUGCGUCAGAGAGUGGUGCGGCAUUUGAUGCGGCAUGCUGGUGUAAUGGCAUGCAAAAAGUGAAUGUAAAAUGAGCACACUAACCAUUGCUUUGAAUUACAGUCGUAUGCGUUAGUUAAUUGUCUUCAUAUGAUUGAUUGGAGUAGCUAAUAACUCAAUCGUCAUAACGCCUCCUGUAAAUAAGCUCUAGCUUUUUCUUCUUCUUCUUCCUCCGAUCUUUUUCAUUCUUCCCGUUCUUCGACUCCUGCUUUUGCUGCUUUCUCUGCUCCUUCUUCUGCUUCGCCGUCUCGUUCUUCUGCCUUUGUUGAAAAUAGAAACAUCGGAGAAGCUGUGAGAACAGUGAUCGAGACUAUGUUUUACUCUAGGUUUAAACA